ACAAAAUCUUCAUUCAACAAAAAUCUGUUAUUGCUCAUUGUCGGCCGUCGCAGUUUUACUGAAUACUCGGUUCUCAAAGCAUGCGAUAUAUGUAUCAAAUAUUCCAGUCGCAUGAAAAUAUGUCACAUGAAAAUCAGUCUUCGACUUACUCAAGCUCCUCUAUACCACCUAAUGUGGCGAGUACUAUUCAUCCACAUUUAAAUGAAAGGCUCAAUAGCUUUGACAACAUUAGCGCUGAGGAAGAUGUGCUUCAAUUCAUUGGAUCGUCCAAUGGACACUGUACCGCCGCGAGAUCAAUCAGCGCUAAGGCUCGUGCCACUCAGUGUUUCGGCGAUAUGAGCGACCAUACUUUUCAGCAAGUUUCCCAUGACCGAACUCAUGUGUCUCGGAAGGAUAUCAAACCACUAUCAGAUUCAACAGUUACCGAGAAAGUCGGAGGGGGUCAAAGACUUGGCAGGAUACCUUGAUCAAAUUGAAGAAUGAACCUUAGAAUUUUGAGUGAAAUACAAUGCACUUUUCAAAAGGAAACUUUCAAAUAUCAAUCAUCUCCUUCACUACUCUAUAAAAUUCUCA